GUCUACUGCGUACAACUUCAAUCCCAAACCUGCAAACCCCAGUUUUCUCAGUCAUUCCUUGGUGGAACUACUUAACCAGAUCAGCCCUACCUUCAAAAAAAACUUUUCCGCUCUGCAGAAGAAACGGGUUCAGAGACACCCUUUCGAAAGGAUAGCCACUCCUUUCCAAGUGUACAGCUGGACGGCUCCGCAGGCAGAACAUGCCAUGGACUGUGUCCGGGCAGAAGAUGCUUAUACUUCUAGACUGGGCUAUGAAGAGCACAUACCUGGACAGACCAGAGACUGGAACGAGGAGCUGCAGACCACGCGAGAGCUGCCGCGCAAGAACCUGCCUGAGAGGCUGCUGAGAGAACGAGCCAUUUUCAAGGUUCACAGUGACUUCACUGCAGCAGCAACAAGAGGUGCUAUGGCUGUCAUUGAUGGCAAUGUCAUGGCCAUCAACCCCAGUGAAGAGACCAAGAUGCAGAUGUUCAUCUGGAACAACAUUUUCUUCAGCCUGGGCUUUGACGUCCGUGACCACUACAAGGACUUUGGCGGAGAUGUUGCUGCUUACGUAGCUCCUACCAAUGACCUCAAUGGUGUGCGGACCUAUAAUGCUGUGGAUGUGGAAGGGCUGUACACGCUGGGGACUGUGGUGGUGGAUUACAGAGGUUACAGGGUGACAGCUCAGUCUAUUAUUCCUGGCAUCUUGGAACGGGAGCAGGAACAGAGCGUCAUCUAUGGGUCAAUAGACUUUGGCAAGACAGUUGUCUCGCACCCCAAGUACCUGGAGCUUCUGGAGAAGACCAGCAGGCCCCUUAAGAUCCAGAAACACAAAGUGCUUAACGACAAGAAUGAGGAGGUGGAGCUGUGCUCCUCGGUGGAGUGCAAAGGCAUUAUUGGAAACGAUGGGCGUCACUACAUCCUGGACCUGCUCCGCACUUUCCCUCCAGAUCUAAACUUCCUCCCUGUUGAAGGGGAGGAGGUGCCAGAGGAAUGUAAGAAAAUGGGGUUCCCCAAGCAGCACAGACACAAGCUUUGCUGUCUCCGGCAAGAGCUUGUCGAUGCCUUUGUAGAACACAGGUAUCUCUUAUUCAUGAAGCUGGCUGCACUGCAGCUGAUGCAGCAGAAAGCCAACAAACACGAGAGCUCAGGUGUGCUGGAAAAUGGCACCUCUCCGGAGAAUGGUACUGCAGACAGCGAGAAGUCUGAGUCAGAGGAUGGUAAAAUAGAUGAUAACGUGACUGGACUUGAUCAGGUGAAAGAGCUGGCUGAGACUAUCGCAUCUGAUGAUGGAACAGUGGAUCCCAAAAGCAGAGAAGUGAUUCGAAAUGCUUGCAAGGCUGUAGGCUCUAUUAGUGACACAUCAUUUGACAUUCGGUUUAACCCAGAUAUUUUCUCACCAGGUGUUCGUUUUCCUGAGUCUAGCAAAGAGGAGGUGCAGGAUCAGAAGCAGUUGCUGAAAGAUGCUGCUGCAUUCUUGCUGUCGUGCCAGAUCCCAGGUUUGGUCAAAGACUGCCUGGAUCACACGGUGCUCCCGAUGGAUGGGGCUACCUUAGCAGAGGCCAUGCACCAGAGGGGCAUCAACAUGCGUUAUCUAGGCAAAGUGAUCAACUUCAUCUCCAAAACCCCUGGCCGUGCUCAGCUGGAUCACAUUUUUAAAAUAGGAAUCAGUGAAUUGAUCACUCGAUCAGCUAAACACAUCUUCAAGACGUACCUCCAGGGCGUGGAGCUGUCAGGUUUAUCAGCAGCCAUCAGCCACUUCCUCAAUUGCUUUCUAAGCUCCUUUCCAAAUCCCAUUGCCCAUCUUCCAGCUGAUGAGCUGGUCUCCAAGAAAAAGAACAAGAAAAGAAAAAACAGGAACCUUGGAAACGCUGAUAACACUGCAUGGGCCAGCAUGACCCCUCAGGAGCUUUGGAAGAAUAUUUGUUCAGAAGCAAAGAACUACUUUGAUUUUAAUCUGGAAUGUGAGAAUGCUGACCAAGCAGCUGAAGUGUAUAAUCUACAGAAAAUCACCCUGCUUCGUGAAAUCUCCCUCAAAACUGGAGUGCAGAUACUGCUGAAGGAGUACAACUUUGACAACAGGCACAAGCCCACCUUCACGGAAGAGGAUAUUCUCAACAUCUUCCCCGUAGUGAAGCAUGUGAACCCCAAAGCCUCAGAUGCUUUCCACUUCUUCCAGAGCGGGCAAGCAAAGGUUCAGCAAGGUUUCUUGAAGGAGGGCUGCGAGCUCAUCAAUGAAGCCUUAAACUUGUUCAACAAUGUGUAUGGUGCUAUGCAUGUAGAAAUCUGUGCCUGCCUGAGGCUGCUAGCUCGUCUCAACUAUAUCAUGGGAGAUUAUUCAGAGGCCUUAAGCAAUCAGCAGAAAGCGGUGCUAAUGAGUGAGAGGGUCCUGGGUAUUGAACAUCCCAACACGAUCCAAGAAUACAUGCACCUUGCUUUGUACUGCUUUGCAAACAGCCAGCUCUCCACAGCAUUGAACUUGCUGUACCGUGCACGCUACCUCAUGCUCUUGGUAUUUGGGGAGGAUCACCCAGAAAUGGCACUCUUAGAUAACAACAUUGGCUUGGUGCUCCACGGGGUUAUGGAGUAUGACCUGUCCCUCCGGUUCCUGGAGAACGCGCUGGCCAUCAGCUCCAAGUAUCACGGCUCCAAGUCUUUGAAAGUUGCACUAAGCCACCACUUGGUUGCCCGAGUGUACGAGAGCAAAGCAGAAUUCCGGUCGGCUCUGCAGCACGAGAAGGAAGGCUACACCAUCUACAAAAACCAGCUUGGAGAACACCAUGAAAAGACCAAAGAGAGCUCCGAGUACUUGAAAUACCUGACGCAGCAAGCAGUCGCUCUUCAACGCACAAUGAACGAGAUUUACAAGAACGGCUCCAAUGCGAACAUCAUGCCACUUAAGUUCACAGCUCCCAGCAUGGCCAGUGUCCUGGAGCAGCUCAACAUUAUCAAUGGAAUUCUCUUCAUUCCACUAAGCCAAAAAGACUUGGAGAACCUUAAAGCAGAGGUGCAGCGACGCCAGCAGCUCCAAGAAAGCAUAAAAAGUGGUGAACAGCUGGAACCAGAGGACAAAGCUGUGGAGGAGAAAGAGGCUGAGCCAAGCAUGCCUUCUGCCGAGAUCCCCUUAACACAGAGCUCUGCUUAAUGUACCUCGCUUAAAAAAGAGAAAAAAAAAAAAAAAAAAGUUAAAACCACCCUUUUCUGAAUCUGACCCGGGGGCUCGGACUCCCCUGGAGCAGCUCCUCCUUUUUUUGACAAUGUUAUUGCACUGGUACAAUUAAUACACAAUGCAAAGAACUAAUCUGAGAAAUGUAAUGUGUCUGCCUGAGCUCGUGUCUGCCACGUGCAGGGGAAGGGGGCCAGGACGCAGCAGCUGACGGGAGCCCCAGCCGGGGUGGGCGCAGCCGGGGGCUGGCAGCCUGCGUGUGUGUGUCGCUGUCGUGUGUGUGCGCGCAGAGCAUCACUUAUUUCUACUUUGUACAUACGGAUUCCAAAUGAACUGUCUUGAGGUAUGUAACAUUUCUCAGGUCAUUUUUAUGUUGACUAAGGACACUGCUUUGCUAGAACAGUACAAAACCAGCCCCA